GUAGCGGUGUUGACUCCGCCAUUGGGGGAAAGGCACUGAGACUCUUCUACACGUUUCGAACGUCUUUAAGAGCAAGUUGAUCAUCCAGUACGGUUUUUUUUUAUCACCUGACUCGCUCUCUCGUUCUGGUUACCGCGGAUGAAUUAGUCCGAAAGCUCGGUUCAUACCGUUUUUUUUAAACCCACGCGCGUAUUGUUUUUUUUUAACCAUAAUCUAGAAGUGACGAUCAGCAGAGAACCUGAGCAGGCUAGCUAACGUUAGCUAGCGACCUGGCUAGCUGCACACGAGCUGAGCGCUGCUCGGUGGUGGGGAGGGGUGGCGGGGGGCGCUUUGCCUACAGUGGCGUUUGAUGGAUCCGAGGAUCGCCUGGUUUCAACCAGAACAACGGGGACCCGCUAACAACCUGUGGAUGCAGAUCUGGGAGACGACGCAGGGGCUCGGAUAUUUGCACGUCAACAGCAGCUACUACACGGGACCUCAGAUCACUCCGAGCCACAAGCCCAUCGUCAACAACGGGGCGUCGGGAGCCGUCCUCGCUUGCAGGAACGGGGCGCUCGACUCGCACGGCGGCGGAGACGUCAAGACCCAGGGGAUGUCUACCACGGCGGGGGACAGGGACAUGACGGAGCAGCGGGACUUUAUACCACUGGACUCCAACAGCAACCACAACAACCGAGCCGCGGGCAGGGGCGGCGUCGGCGGCGGAGGGGGGCAGCAGCAGCAGCAGGGCGGCGGGGUCGCCGUGCUUUGGAAGGGACUGACGGACGGACACCCCAACAAAAGGAAGAGGGACAACAAGGCUAGCACUUUCGGAUUCAGCUCCAGCCUCUUGAACAAUGCUUGCGGCUCCAACGCGGAGAGACGUGAAGGUUACACGGGCACGCCUUGGAAAGUCAGGAACUACUCGGAAGGAGUGGUGGGCUUGCACGAGGAGAUCAAGGACUUUUACCAGUACAUCUCCCCGCGGCCAGAGGAGGAAAAGAUGAGAUUAGAGGUUGUGGACAGAAUAAAGGGAGUCGUCCAAGACCUGUGGCCCAAUGCUGAGGUCCACGUGUUUGGGAGCUUCAGCACUGGCCUGUAUCUGCCUACAAGUGACAUCGACCUGGUAGUUUUGGGGAAGUGGGAGACUCUCCCUCUUUGGACUCUGGAAGAAGCUCUGCGAAAAAGAAACGUCGCGGAUGCGGAAUCCAUCAAAGUUCUGGACAAAGCGACGGUUCCCAUCAUCAAGCUUACCGACUCCGUCACUGAGGUCAAAGUGGACAUCAGUUUCAACAUGAAAGGGGGCGUUGACGCUGCUAAGCUCAUCAGGGAGUUUAAAGAGAAAUAUCCUGUGCUGCCUUACCUCGUCCUCGUCCUGAAGCAGUUCCUACUUCAGAGGGACCUCAACGAGGUUUUUACAGGUGGAAUCGGCUCCUACAGUCUCUUCCUCAUGGCCGUCAGCUUCCUGCAGCUUCAUAACCGGGACGUUUCCAGCCCCAACAUCAACAUCGGCGUUCUGCUAAUUGAGUUCUUUGAGCUCUACGGUCGCAACUUCAACUACCUGAAGACGGGCAUCAGGAUAAACGACGGCGGUUGCUACGUUGCCAAAGACGAGGUCCAGAAAAACAUGAUGGACGGAUACAGGCCCUCCAUGCUCUACAUCGAGGAUCCUCUGCAUCCAGACAACGAUGUUGGCAGGAGCUCAUACGGUGCCAUGCAGGUGAAGCAGGCGUUUGAUUAUGCCUACCUCGUGCUGAGCCACGCCGUGUCGCCCAUGGCCAAGCACUACCCCAACAAUGAGAACGAGAGCAUACUCGGCCGGAUAAUCCGAGUGACUCGGGAAGUGGACGAGUACAGGGAAUGGAUCCGGAAGAACUGGGACAGCCCAUCUCAGAACGAUCGCUCUCUCAACAGAAACGACGUCAAAUUGCUCGAGUCCAAGCAGCUGGACGAGUGCAACAACAACGUUCCCGACGACGAGGACGUCGUUGUCCUGCCCUCAGCCCCCCACAGCAAAUCCUCUUCCAACAGGUCGUCUCCACUCCCGUCUCUGGGCUCGUCUCCUUCGUCCUCCCCGCUGUCGCCGUCUUCCACGUCCUGCAGCGACGCGGAUUCUGACGGGACACCGUGCAAGACAGUCAAGCAGCAGCCUGUCCGAAACUCUAGUACUCACAGAGAAAAGUCUACCGUGGUCAGUAAUCACCGCAUACAGAACCACUCUACUAGCACUCCACCUGCGAGCAACAAAGGAGGAAAGGCCAGGAUGUCUCGUUCCAGCAAUAAGAGUGUCCACCACGGGCAGCAGAACUCCUCCUUCAGCUCUAAAAGUCAUCAGAGCAACAAGCCACACAACCUAGGGAACAUCAAGAAGAGGAAAAACGUACGGGACUCUACUCAGGAGGAUCUUUGCAGAUAGGGGUUUGUCUGCUCAUCCAUGUCUUCACCCACAACCCCAACCCGGCCCCCAUCCAAUCCCUGUCUGCAACUGACUAUCCCGUCCCACUUCUGCUGCCAGAGGGGGGGACGUUGUGAGUAAUUUAAAAAAAAAAAAACAUAAAAAACUGCAGAAUCUGUCUGCCAUUUUUUUUCUUUUUCUUUUUUAUGGCGACAAGCAUUUUCUUGCAGAAAUAGGAAAAAAAAAAAAGUGUUAUUGAACGUUGGUUUAAUUUGUUGGAGCUGAACUGAAUCACAGACAGCAGACACUCGUUUGCUUCCCGACGGCUUCUUUGAUGGAGCAGCUUCCCUUCCCACAGCCAGCCUCUCGUGCCUCACGCUGUCGAGGAUUAAAACAGGAUGGAUGUCUUGAAUCCCCUCCGGAGCGGCAUCUGGAACUGUCGGCUGGAAGGAAAAAAAAAAAAAGGAUCAAAAAUACUCUCCAAAAACUUUUAAAAAGAAGGGGGGGAGGGGGGAGAAGUAAAAAGCAAAAUGGCAAAAAUGUACAAAAAUAUAUUGCUGAUCAACAAACAUACACCGAUUUUUCUAUUAUAGCUGGUCCCUUACAAAUCAAUCAGUAAGAGUGGGGAAAUAACUUUUGCAUGAUAUUUUUCUGUUGGUCGACUCUUCUGUGGGGUGGAUCUGUUUUGUUAAGUCCAAACAGAUUGUACAAAAAAAUUUGUACAAAAAGAAGCUUAUGCAAAAAAACAAACAAAAAAAAAAAGUCUAUAUAUUAACACAAGUUUCAUACUGCGUUUUUACGAGAUUUCCUGAUUGAAGUCACACACACACACACAUGCACAUCUUCUUCCUGUCGCUGUUUGGCUAAAGCCCACAGAGGUGGUUUGGAUCCCAUUGCCAAUGGAAAAUCAUCAGCAUCCACUUUUACUCCUGGUCCCCGUCUAUGAUUGUGCUCCUAGCUUAGCGUUUAGCCUUGAGAGAACCCGAGCUGAGACUGCGCCUCUACAGAUGACAGGAAGGAGCUCUGUCUCGUCUAGCUCGGUGGUACUAGCACACCAGUGUAAAGGCUUUAAAAACUGCAGAUUUAAACAUAUAUUUGUGACGAUAAUGGUUUUAUGAAAAAAAAAAAAAAAAAAUCCUACACUUGAAAAUGUGUCAACAGUUAAAGUAUGGGGGGGAAAUAAUGCGUUUAUUUGAUAAUCUACAUACUACAGAAUGGUUUGUAUUCAUUACAUGUAUUUAUUUUUUUAUUAAUUAUAUGACGAUAGUAUGGAUAACUGUAAUAACGUUAGAGCCCAUAUCCUUAAGUCCUAUAUUUGAAAUAGAAAAUGUCUUGGGAAUGAGGGGCUGGGUAGGAACAAGCAUUCAGGAACAGUACAAUAUCGCCCUUUAUUUGUUUUUGCUAGUGUUUUUUUUUUUAUUAUUAUUAUUUCACUGACAGUUGAGUGACCAAGUUACCUUUGACAAUUGAAGAGACCAUUUUACAAGUCAUAUAAUAGGAUAUUUCUUUUUAAUUUGUGGCAGGUCUGUCUACACUAAAAGGGAGCUUUUUUUUUUUUUUUGCCUUUUGUGAUUGUUGAUUUUUUUUGUUGUCCAAAUUGAUAAAAUGUUAUAUGGUACUUUUCAAAAUGUCAUUUCCCUCUGUUGCUGCAGUACAACGAUUAACCUGUAGAUGGAGUCAUUGCUCUAAGUCUUAAUCUGUAAACUUUGGGCUUGUAUACUGCAUUUGAAUGGUUUAUUUAAUGAUUAUUUUAUUAUUGGUUAUUUAAAUGCUCAUAUCCCCACUGAUAUGAAUGGGCAGCUGCACCCAGAAGCAGGCCUUGUAAGCGGAGUACUUGCUUGGAGAGAGUGACACACCAAAGCACAGCUCGGCCUCCUUUUCUCUCGCCUUGAAACACCCCUUAAAGUAAAAUUAACCAGCAAUAACCAUCACCUUUUUUAUUUUUUCCCCCUCCUUUCAUUUUUGCACGUCAAGACAAAGAAAAGCACAUAAAAGUCUCCGUACUGCCCAUCCAAAUUUGUGUUUAAAAGGCUGAAAAAGCGAACAGUUCCACCCCUCCUCACCCACCGACCGGCGUUGCAGUUGUGGUUAAAAUGCAGUAUAGAAGCAGGGCCUCUGAUGGACAGAUCAGGGGAAAUGUGAAGCAGAUUUCAUGUGCCAUCUGAAUGUCCACUCACCACCUCACUUUUAACUUCAGAACGGCUUUGAACCCAACUGAAUUCAUCUAGGAAAAAAAAAAAAAAAAAAGGUUGUUCCUCUGCAGCUAUUACAAUUCAUGCAAUAAAAAAACAUUACCAUUACACUC